AUGCGUAAAGCUGGCAAUAACUUCACAGAAUCACAAAUCAGAGACAUCAUGUACCAGCUUGUGGUAGGAGUCGAAUAUAUUCACAAAAAUAAGUUUUUCCAUCCCGAUCUCAAGCCUGACAACAUUUUAAUGUCGGAUGAUCUUAAACUCAAAAUCUCUGAUUUCGGAUUGAUCCGGGAAACCAAGUCUGCGCCUCCGUACACUGAGUACGUGUCCACCAGAUGGUACCGGGCGCCUGAGUGCGUGCUCAGGUCCAGAGGCUACAACGCUCCGGUAGACAUAUUCGCAAUUGGGUGAAUCAUGGCCGAGUUGUAUAUGUUGUUUCCACUGUUUCCGGGUCAGUCAGAGUUAGACCAGAUGCAAUAA